AUGCAGACAGGGUCUCUGGACCUUAUCCACGAUGAACAUUUGCUGGCGCUAUUACCAAUGCCUCUGCACACGCAGCAGGAGAAAAGCAUGGCGCCUAACCGGGUUCGCUCCGUGACUCGCAGAUAUACCUCGUUCGAGAACGGGCAUGGCCCCGUGCCAGGGACUUGGCGGAUUGGUGGACCCAGCCCAUUCCUUUUUGACAAGAAUGUGCAGUUCAGUGACGACGGCCUGGAGACAUGCUGGAGACGUGUUGGAGGCACGCCUGGCUCGCCCGUUCCGGCCACCCCUUCAAUUUUGCUUUGCGUCACAUCCCAUCAGACGACCAGUCGCCAAAGGUGCCUGCAUAGGAAACCGCUAGCAGUGCAAGUCCAGUACUGGACAGUACGAUCAGUUGCGCUCCCAACAGUCCCGGACAGGCAGGCAUCGAGUGGCAACUGCGUUAACGCCCCUCGUGCACCGGAAGCAGUCCACUGUGGAAAGGCUUCAGGAGGCACCAAAGGUCUCCCAGCGCCUGGCACGCAAAACCUCCAAGCCUCCCCAGCCAUCCUGCGUACGAGCACAGGUACCUCCAAGUCAUCAAGUCAUCAAGUCAUGGGGGGUGCGCCAGCCUGCAGGGUGCGUGCCUGUAUGAGAAAGCCGCGCUAUCCCCAUUUGACGCACUGGAAUAUGGAGAAGCACAACCGGCCAAGUACCCUCGCGGCCUCUUUUGCGCGUGGCGGUACUUGGACUGGCAGUCUUUCUGGCGCCUGCACGGAGACCCCCAUUCCGCUAGGCUCCUAG